AGAGUCCAGGCUUGACACAUCUCUUACUUCACCAGGGCUAAGAUCUCAGCUUUACUCAGAAACAAGACGUCAGCCUGGGAACAACACAGAAGCGCACAGCCCCAACGCCACAGAGGUUUUACCAUGGAGUACCUCUCAGCCUUGAACCCCAAUGGACUGCUGAGGUCAGUAUCCACUAUGGGCUCCGAGUUUGGCCGUAGGGUCUGGAACUCUGCUCCACCUCAACGCCCCUUCCGUGUCUGUGAUCACAAGCGGAGAGUCCGGAAAGGUCUGACAGCGGCCACCCGCGAGGAACUGCUAGAUAAGGUACUGGAGACCCUGCUGCUCAGUGGAGUGCUGACCCUGGUGCUGGAAGAGGACGGGACCGCUGUGGACAGUGAGGACUUCUUCCAGCUGCUCGAGGAUGACACAUGCUUGAUGGUCCUAGAGCAGGGACAGAGCUGGAGCCCCCGGAGUGGGAUGUUGUUACACAGUCUAGGACGGGAGAAGCCAAAACACAGCAAAGACAUUGCCCGCAUCACCUUUGAUGUCUACAAGGAAAAUCCUCGAGACCUCUUCGGCAGCCUCAAUGUCAAAGCUACGUUCUACGGGCUCUACUCCAUGAGCUGUGAUUUUCAAGGAGUUGGACCCAAAAAAGUCCUCAGGGAGCUCCUUCGUUGGACUUCCUCCCUGCUGCAAGGCCUGGGGCAUAUCCUGCUGGGCAUCUCAUCUACCCUUCGCCACGUGGUGGAGGGGGCUGAGCGGUGGCAGUGGCACAAGCACAGUCACCUCCAUUCAUAAUGAAAAAUGCUGAGCCUGUGCCGAGACUGGUUCCACGAGACACCCGAGAGCUAUAAGACACCAUCGGAUUUGGGAUCUGCAGUGUACCCGAGGAAACUCACCUGAUGCCAUCCUAACAGAAGCAGUCAGCACACUGCCUUGGUCCUCUAGCCUGCACAUUUCCCCAAGGAUGCUGCCUCUUACCUACAUCUCCUGUCUUCUACUUACCCCGCAGACCCACAACCCUGUCCCCUGGCAUCCUGAUUCACCAUAACUGCUGCUACACCUAGGUUCUUACUGAUCCUAUCCCAAAGGUCCCACACACCAAUGGCCGUCCCUAGCUUUGCCUUGAGAUACCGUUCCCCUAAAAAAUAAAAA